AUGUCGCCCAACCUACAGUUCGAUUCCGACUGGCGUAUCCAGCGCUUCAAGGACGACCUACAGGAGCUUCACAACAUGUCCAUCCUAAAGGAAAACCUUGUUCAACUAGAUGUAUGGUCUGCGAGACCUGCACUUCCCCCCAAACCCGAGCCUUCGCAUGAGCGCGAUCCCUAUGAUGAGCAGGAGCCCUUUCUGAAUCCUUACAAUAUUUAUACUACACAAGGCCUUUUCUGCACCAUAUACAAGACGGUUCGCAGCCAUCACUCCGAAUCCAUGUGGCGCCGGCUCCCGAAAUCAUUGAAGCACCCUUUCUUCCGCGCGUCCAAAGCUGGCUAUAAAGUCCGCGAGCUCACUUAUUUCGGCAUCACCGCCUGGGAGUCAUUCCCACAGAUCCGGCAAGACUACUUCCUGCGCUCCCUCCAUGAUGUCCUGGCUACUGGUUUUCCUAUGAAGCUAAUUUCCUCCGCACUGAAGUUGAAUGAAAGACUGAGGAAGGAGCUGCGGUUCAAUGAGCCGGAUCUCGACUUUGCGGCAUUUGAGCGCUUCGUACACGCUUGGGGUGGGAUCGGACGCUCCGCGGAUAAGCCGGCGUUGGAGAAGAGUUUGACGGCUUUGCUGGGGUUGGUGGGCGGAGAAAAAGGAAUGCAUCCAGCGCACAAAGAGCAUACCCCGCUAGCAUUCACGACCGUCUUGGGGAAAGGAAAAUAUCGCUGCACGCCCGCCCUUCUUCUCAAUGUCACAGACGCAUAUGGUCUCGCCCCACGCGUUGCGGUCUUCGAUUUGCCGGAACAGUACAUGAACCAAGGGCUGAAGCAAUUUGAGGCUCUGUACGCGCUUGCUAACGGCGCGGGUCAUCCCAAACGCGAGAAAUACCAUGUCACAGCGAUAUUCCGCGUCAAUUCCCGCGCCAGCGUCCGCAUCCUAACCGCCUUCUUUACCCCGUCCUGGCUGCACUACACGAGCUCCUCCAGCGAAGUUGUAAGAGCGCACGCGCCUCCUAUCGACGGCCGGUGCAUUCUGCCGCCCGACGCUACGUGCCACAUCACGUAUACACCAUGGAUCCCGCUCUUCCCGCAACACCAUGAUAUCCAGCAGUGGAAAACGGAGCGCAAGGACAAGAUCACGGAUCCCGACUUAAAAACCAACCAGGAUAAGUGCUUGAUGCCGAGCACCGCGCAGGAGAGAGAGGGACAUAUUAGGCUUUUGGGGGCGUUACUAGGGCCUUUUAGUGAGGCGUUGGGAGACAUGUGGAGGGGGAAAGGGGGAGCGCAGGCGUUCAUCUGUGAGCAGGUUAUAGGGAUAGCGGAGGAGAAGUUGAGGAUGGAGGAGGGGAGUGAGGAAGGAGAGGAUAGUGAGUGA